AUGUCGUCCUUCCAAGACCUGUUCUCCCUUGCAGGGAAGACAGCUGUUGUCACCGGCGGAACUCGUGGCAUUGGACAAGCUAUGGCGCUGGCCUUUGCUGAAGCAGGUGCUGAUGUGAUCUUGAUUCAGCGCGACGAUACCAACAAGACCACAUAUGACCAGAUAAAGCAGCUUGGGCGUCAGGCCUUUAUCCAUACCGCCGACCUUGCAGACCCGAAAUCCGUCAAAAGCGUAAUCGCGGAGCUCACGAAGGCAGGCCACGACAUGCACAUUCUUCUGAACUGUGCCGGGGUCCAGAAACGACAUGCGCCCCACCAAUUCCCGGAUGAAGACUGGGAUUUCGUCCUGCAGGUCAACCUCAACACAGUCUGGACACUGUGCCGAGAUUUCGGUGCCUACCUGCUUUCGAAGCCAAAGCCAAGCAAGGGCUCCAGAGGCAGCAUUAUCAACAUCGCAUCUCUUCUCACGUUCCAAGGAGGCAUCAAUGUACCAGCGUACGCUGCAUCGAAAGGCGGUGUUGGUCAACUGUCAAAGGCGUUGAGCAACCAGUGGAUCGGCGAAGGAAUCAAGGUCAAUUGCAUUGCACCUGGCUAUAUCGACACCGACAUGAAUGAGGCUCUCAUGAAAGAUCAGGCGAGACAGAAAUCCAUCCUGGAAAGGAUUCCAGCCGGCAGAUGGGGCAAACCUGAAGACUUCAAAGGCCCAGCAAUUUUCCUGGCCAGCGAGGCAAGUGGCUACGUGAGCGGCGACUGUUUGCUGGUCGAUGGAGGCUGGAUGGGAAGGUAG